AACGAACGCUUGACAGCGACGCAGGUCAUUAGAAAUUAUUUGGCCAGUGUACCGAAAUCCCGCGCGGACGCUGACCGCGUUUAUUGCAGUCGCUCGCGUAGUAUCAUUACAUAAUAAAAAAAAAAUAACGUAAUAAUAAUUUAAAAAUAUAAGUGCGUUUUUAUGAAUAUUCAGUGUAUUUGCUGUUAUUUAUUCUGUAUUAUUUAACAUAUUAUUUUAUAUUGGAUGCGACAACAUUGAAUCAUGGAGAAACAAACGAUGCACAUGCUCUCCGUCCAGGAGAAGGGAGGACCGACCAGGAAAGUAAAUCAAUAUAUUGCCGCAGUUGCAGCGGCGAUCGGAGCUAUCACAGCGGGAACUAUCCUCGCGUGGACGUCACCAGCGUUGCCUCAACUGGAGCCGCCGAAGGACACGAUAAACGUUACAGAAGCGGACAUUGAUAUUUUUUCACUGAACGACACUCUAUCAAGUGACAAAAAUGUAACAGAAGUAUUACUGAACUCGUUGGGUCAGCCUGCUGACUUUUUACUGAGUACAGCUGAAAGUUCCCUGGUGUCGUCAAUUUUAGCUAUCGGGGCGGCUAUAAGCGCCCUACCCAUUGGCGUUCUCGCGCAGAAAGUGGGAAGGAAACCAACAAUUCUUGUUCUUGCGGCGCCCUUCUUAUUCAACUGGUUGCUCACAAUCUUCGCAAAUGGAGCCGGGAUGCUCAUCGCUGCAAGAUUCUUCGCUGGAAUAGCUACCGGUGGUAUAUGCGUAGCAGCACCGAUGUACAUAGGAGAAAUAGCAGAAACCUCAAUCCGCGGAGCCUUAGGCUCAUUCUUCCAACUGUUCUUGACGGUGGGCAUCCUGUUCACAUUCGUCGUCGGCGGUUGGACGCACUGGAAAACACUCUCCAUCAUCUCCGCUGUCUUCCCUAUUCUACUUGUUGCUGUCUUUUGGUGGAUGCCAGAAACGCCACAAUAUUUACUAGGAAAGAACAGAAGACGCGACGCUGAAAAGGCUUUAAGAUGGUUGCGUGGGCCUGAUGCCGACCUUACCGCCGAACUCGAGGACAUGCAGAAAGAUGUCGACAAUUCAUUUCGUCAGAAAGCGGGAAUGCUCAGCAUGGUCACUCAACGCGCACCACUAAUGGCCCUAAUCUGCUCUCUCGGUCUAAUGUUCUUCCAGCAGUUCAGCGGCGUUAACGCCGUCAUAUUCUACACUAAUAACAUCUUCCGAUCCGCCGGCUCAGACAUACCACCGGCCAUCGCGACCAUCAUAGUCGGAGUCGUCCAAACUAUCGCCACUUACGUAUCAUCUCUUCUAAUAGAAAAAGCCGGUCGACGUAUCUUGCUCCUACAGAGCUGUAUCAUUAUGGGCAUCUGCUUGAUCGUUUUGGGCGCUUACUUCAAAUUGCAAGAGGGCGGUACCAAUGUAACCUCAGUCGGUUGGCUACCCUUGUUGUGUAUGGUCCUCUUCAUAAUUUCCUUCUCUCUUGGCUUCGGACCUAUACCCUGGAUGAUGAUGGCCGAGCUAUUCUCUGUGGAAUUCAGGGGUACAGCUUCCGGUAUUAGCGUUAUUAUGAACUGGUGUCUCGUGUUCGUUGUCACUCUCUGUUUCCCGUUGUUGAAAGACGCCAUCGGUAUUUAUAGUUGCUUCUGGGUUUUCAGCGGUUUCAUGAUAAUUUGCGUGUUUUUCGUUUUCUUUUUGAUACCGGAAACAAAGGGGAAGACGGUUUCCCAGAUUCAGACCAUUCUCGGCGGUUCGAGGUCGUAAUAUAGAGCGUUGAAGGUUAUCAAAUACUCAGGUG